GGGUUGAGAACUGGAGAGGUGUGGCAGUAGACAUAGGGAGGCCAGCCCACAGCGGACGUGUCACAAGCAGGCGCGCUCUCCGCUCCGCUUGUGCGCAGCUGAGGUCUCCGCGAGCUCCAGGAGGAGGGGGAGCGGUCGAGGACAGGCACGCAGUCGCGUUGCGGAGUUGUGGUGCGGACACGUGGCAGCCUGAGAUCGGAUAAUCGGGGUCGGGAUAUCGUUAUCUUACAAAAUGAUUGCGCGGGCGGUUGAGUGUUCGGCCUCUCUGACCCUUCUGCUGGGGUCGGCUCUUCAGCCAAAGGGUGCUGCAGUACAUUCGGCUUCGAGCUCUGGCGUUCCAGGGGCACAUGUGGGGUGGUCAAUUACAAGCUGCCAGUCUGUUUUCGGAAUCUCGCAUGAUGUGAUCUCGAUCCCAGCAUCAGGUCUUGGCAGGCAGCGACGGAAUCAGCCAUGCCGAAUUGUGUGUUCCACUGUCGUUGAAGAGAAAGAGGAGUUGGAAGCGGGUGCAGUAGAAAAGCAUGACGAGCCAAGUACAAGUGCUAUCCCUGCCCCGGGCCCCUUUGAGGUUCAGUCUUUGCUGAUGCAGCUGUGCGAUGAGACAAGUAUUGCUGAGGUGAAUCUGAAGAUGGGGGGGUUCCAAUUGCAUGUGCUCAGGGAUGUGACCAAUCUAGGAAGGUCAAGGAACACCGUUUCCGACGCUCGCAUCGCUGCGCCGCAUGUACCCGGGAAGCCCAUGGUUGAAGCUAUGACGACCCCAGCCUUGGCAAAUGGUAAAGCACUUGCUGUUUCUGCUCCUCCAGCUCAAACCCGGCGCGCAAGUGACACAGAGGAUGAUGAUGAAGUGGAUGAGGGUCUCCUUCACGUCGUCUCUCCGAAGGUUGGAGUUUUUCGACGAGGGCGAUUCGUGAAGGGGAAGAAAGGGCGCCCAAUGGUUGUUGAGGGACAAAUGAUCAAGCACAAGCAGAUCAUUGGCUACAUACAGCAGCUUGGGACACAGCAGCCCAUCGAGUCGGAACACGCUGGUGAAGUGGUUCGCUUCCCUGUCGAGGAUGGUGAGCCUGUUGGUUAUGGGGAGCGCUUAGUGGAGAUUCGCCCAUCUUUCCCAGGCAUCAAGAAGCUUUCAUCUUGAAAAAGAGGAGAGCCGGAACACUCCACUGAGAGUUAUCUGGAGGGAGGGAGUUUGUCCCAUGCUUGUCCCAUUCUGUCCCGAGCUUGUUGGCACAGAAUGGGGGGUUAUAUAAUAGUGUUAGUGCCACUUUUCUUGGCGAAUUUCCGACAGCGAUGAGUUAACUGCCGCCAAGUCGACGACGGAAAGACACUUUUAAAAGUGCGCCCUUCCUACUUGCCAGCAAAAUAUGUAUUUCUGCCCUCUCUCUUUUGUCUCUUCUACCUCCAUGUCACUUCUGCCCUCUCUCUUUUGUCUCUUCUACCUCCAUGUCACAGUCUUCCGUCUUCUAGGCAAUCUUCACAGCCACAGGGUGCCAUUGACUCGUGGUUGAAACCGCUCCUUCCUUUGCCAGAAAACGCAUGAGAAAUCGCGUGCUCUUCCGUCGUUUGCAUCUUCUUCUUCUUCUUAACUUUGUGCCAUACGCUACUCACAUUGUGGACAUCUUCACAGCCAGGGGAUGGCCUUGAGUGAUGGACAAAUAAAAUAAAAUACAUGGAGUGAUGGGUGCCUGCCAGGGACUGUGAGGAUGAUUCCAAUGCCAUGUCACUUGCAAACGUCACGUCUGUGAAUCUCUGACACGGCUCGUCAGGCGCUUCGCAGUAAACAGCUGUGCACUGAAAAAGGCAUUGGUCUCAAUGCCGAUGGCUCUGCUCUCAUCUCGCCUUUCUACCGUGGUGGCCUUCAGAGGCGUUGAUCGAUUGGGGGGGUUUGUUAAAAAAAGGCCACCCUUCCGUGCUAUAUACACAAGAAGCCCAAGAGAAGAGAGAUGAAUGCGAUCCCCGGACAGAUGAAAGCACGAUGAGCGAUAGUUUGGGAAUCCGUAUGGAUUUACCCCUACCCAUGUAUGAUGGUGUGUUUUUGACGUAAAGCUUAAAAGAGGGGGGGAAGUUGUCCUAAUGGGCUUGUCUCAGAUAUGUUUCUUCAUGAAUGUGGAAACACCCAUAUGUGUUUCUUUAUGAAUGUGGAAACACUGAGAUGUGUUUCGUCAUGAAUGUGCAAACGCCAUUGGUAUGGAAGAGGAGAGAUGAUACACAACUGCGUCAUCAGUUUAUCUUAAUGCAGAGAAGGCGUAUGAAUCCGUCUGGAUUUCCGCCCGUCUCUUUCACCACCUGCACUCUCUGAGGUGUUUGCAGGGUAGCAGCUGUUAAAGAAGGUCCUUGUCAUUCAUUAUAAUAUGAUUAUGUGUUCAUUCAUAAGAGCAUACUAUAACAUUCCCACUGUUGUUAUCACUCCUAAGUCUUUAAGUAAGGGUUACGAACGUGUGUUCGUUUCUGUAGCUCUGAAGCAGUCUUUCGAUGUCUUUUUUUUUUUUUUUUUUUUUUUUUUGUCACAUACUGUGGUGUGAACCAGUCACUGUAAACAGCAUGAGAUGUGCUGUGUCUAAAUUCAAUGCAUCAUAUUUAUUGUUUAUGGACUUGGAUGAAGUUAGAUCCUGCCUUUUUUUGCAUUUUUAUGAUUUUUUGCUUUGAGUUUCCAACUUUCCGCUGAUUAUCCCAGCUUAUCGAUCGCUGCUCUCUGCUGCCUCCCUCUCGCUUUCUCUGUUGUCAUAUACUGUGCUGUUAACUCGAAGGCAUUAUAUUU